UUGUCAAAGCGGAAGUGCGGUAGUAGUCAGCUGAUUAAAGCAUAUGAUCCAACAGGACGGGAAACAUUUCAUCCAUUCUGUCUUUAAUUUGUGAAAAUAUAAGCCGAACUCGUCAUGCCCGGACGGGGGAAAUUAAUCGCCGUUAUCGGGGAUGAGGACACAUGUACCGGAUUCCUGCUUGGUGGUAUCGGAGAGCUUAAUAAAAACCGAAAGCCCAAUUUCUUGGUGGUGGAGAAGGACACUAGCAUCACAGAGAUAGAGGAGACAUUCAAGAGUUUCCUGGCUCGCAAUGACAUUGGCAUUAUCCUUAUCAACCAGUUCAUUGCAGAGAUGAUUCGUCAUGCCAUAGAUGCUCACAUGGAGUCCAUCCCUGCAGUGCUGGAGAUUCCUUCCAAAGAGCAUCCGUACGAUGCCUCCAAAGAUUCAAUCCUGCGCAGGGCCAAAGGCAUGUUUUCUGCAGAGGACUUCCGAUAAGCAACUACCUCUGUGGGGUUAUGAUCUGGCCUGGGUAGGGCAGAGAAAAUGAGGGUUCGGUUGAUAGUGACCUGUAUAUGACGUGUGGUUUACCUUUGUUCUUCAUCUUGCUGAGGCUGGAAACCAUAUUAUAAAGAUUAUAUAAUGUUAUUAUGUCCACUGUUGUAAAUGUGAUGUUGUGUGAUGUAAUUGUUGUGUGUGUUUCUGGUAAUAAUUGAUUUUAUUGUUUAAUAUACCUAUUUAAUCCCUAAAGUAAGAGAAGCUGGCAAGCAAAAUGUUAUUUCUGAAUUCAAGAUAUUGUGUAAACUAUCAUUUGUUAAGAGCUGAUAAUAUUGGAUUGCGUAAUCCACUCUUUAAAUCUUACCAAACUAAGUAGUUUUACAAAAACAUAUACAGUAAAUGCUCUUGUUUGCUAUUACAGUGCAAGACAUGACUUAAUUUACAAAGCAGUAAAAACGAUAUGUUAAUGUUGCAGAAUAACUCUUAUAAAAAGAUAUAGUAGUAGUUAAAUGCCUCUAUAGUGGUCAGCCCAUUUCUGUUGUGAUGUGGCUUCAUUUCUUAUUUUGUGAGUUUUGGUUUGCUUUGUAUUUUUCAUGAUUUUCCAGUUCACUGUAGGUUUUCAUUCUUAGCAUAUGAGCCCACUUAUAAUAUGAUGUCAUAAAAUAUGUGUUAACUUAUGUCUUGAAGACUGUAAACUGCAGUUUAUUAAAAGCAAUGAAGUCUGAAA